AGGUAUUUACUAUUUGCUAGGUUAGUUUAACUCAACAAGUUAAACGAGUAGUUUGACUUUAUUAUUGACAGAGUUAUUUUGUGAUUUAAAUUGAAUUGCUAUUAAAUUGUGUUAUCAAUUAACCUCUCGUGACACUUGAAUUGGAAAAUGUAUGAUCGUGUGACAAAUCUCCACGAAAAAUUUCAGCAAACCCUAAGGAUUGAAUCAAGUGAAGAUGAAGAUGAUUUAGCCGAAGAAGAAGAAGAAGAUAAUUUAACUGAUUUGCCCGACAAAGACAGUGAUUUGGAUGCAACAUUUGCAGGUGAAACUGUGCUUGAUGACUUUCAACCUUUCAAUCACCAACAACAAUCAUCUUCAUCCUCAUCAUCGUCACUAUCAUCGUCUUCAUUGUCAUUAACAGUAACAUCAAACAAUCUCUGUGAUCAUCUGGAAGAAGAAAAGGAGAAAAACAGUGAAAAUGAAACAACUGAAGAAACACUUGAUGUUUGCCAUGAGAAUCACCGUGAAUCCAAUCGUAAAAAAAGCAUAACAAGCCACCUUCCUUUGAUGAGCUUAAUUCAACGAAUGAGAAACUCUCGGCGUAAAAGUAUUCGCUUACUUCGAGAAGGUUGGAUGGUCCAUUAUACCGAUCGUGAUCCAAGGGAGAAACGUUAUUUCUGGAGAUUAACCCCUAAAUCUUUAACCAUGUAUCUUAAUGAUCAUUCAGUUAAAUAUUACAGAGAGAUUCCAUUGUCCGAGAUAAUUGCCAUUAUUCCGUCCAACUUGGAUGAUCAUUGUUUUGAACUGAGAACCUCUAACUUCGACCUUUUCUGUGGACAGUCGGAUGAUAAUUCAAGAGCUUGGGAAACUGCUUUAAGAGAAGCCCUUAUGAAUGGUGAAUUUCAACCGGUGGUUAAACAAGCAGUUUGCAUCAAUUUAACCAACUCAACCUCAACUAAAGAUGACCUCAGUCACCAAUACCAGAUAUUCCCUGAUGAAAUACUGGGUUCAGGUCAAUAUGGAACUGUCUAUGGAGGUGUCCAUCGGAAAUCUGGUCGUGAAAUCGCCAUCAAAGUGAUUGACAAGACUCGCUUUCCAUCUAAACAAGAAGAGCAAUUGAAAAAUGAAGUUGCCAUUUUACAGUCCAUCAAACAUCCAGGAAUUGUUAAUCUUGAGAAAAUGUUUGAAACUCCAGAGAGAAUAUUUGUUGUCAUGGAGAAACUUCAGGGCGACAUGUUGGGAAUGAUUUUAUCAUCUGAAAUGAAGCGACUUCCAGAGAGGAAAACAAAGUUCCUAAUUUACCAGAUACUCAUUGCCUUGAAAUAUCUCCAUUCAAGGAACAUUGUCCAUUGUGACUUGAAACCGGAAAAUGUACUUCUCUCAUCAGACGAUGAAUAUCCUCAUGUUAAAUUGUGUGACUUUGGGUUUGCUCGAAUAAUUGGUGAAAAGACUUUUCUUCGGACCAUUGUCGGAACUCCUGCUUAUUUAGCUCCGGAAGUACUUCGAAACAAGUCUUACAAUCGUUCACUGGACAUGUGGUCAUUGGGUGUAAUCAUUUACGUUUCCCUGUCGGGAACCUUUCCAUUCAGUGAGGAAAGUGAAAUUAAUGAAAGGAAUCAAGCCUCGGCUUUCCUUUAUCCACCCGAUCCUUGGGAUUCCAUCAGUUUCCAGGCCAAAGAUCUUAUUGAAAACCUGCUCCAGGUUAAGCCAAGGAAAAGGUUGACCGUUGAGAAGGCCUUAAGUCAUAUCUGGUUUGAUGAUUCCAAGGUUAAGUCGGAUUUAAUCAAAUUGAAAACCUAUCCUAGUCAAUUGAUCUUCCAGGAAGAACGGCCAACACUUAAUGAUCGCAAACGAUGUUCACUUCCUCACAUUUUUUCAUCCCCACACGAUAGACAUGCGAAAAAGUUUACUAAAGAAACAGAGAUUGAACCUAGACUGGCAGGUUAUCCAUUUGAAACGAAACCAGCUAAUAGCAUAACAUCAGCCCUCAAUUCAACGCUUAAAAAUUUCCUCAUGAACACAGCCACUGGACGGCAUUCAUUUUCAAAAGCUUGUUAUUCUCAUCAUCAAUCUCGAUCACAAAAAAUUGUCUCAUGAAAUCGGACUGCUAACAACUCCAUAUUUACUCGCUAUCCAAUGUAAUGAUCAUUGGUCAAACAAAAAAUAACCCAAGCUUAAUGUUUGUUAUUAUAGAUGUCCUAAUCUUUUAUCUGAUUCAAUGUUUCAAUAAAUUUCACUAUUCUAUUGGAUUUAAUUAUUGAAACUAGCUUUGACAUUUAUGUAAGCAUAAAUGCGAAUUCAAUUGUUUGACUAUUUUAUUGAGCUUCAUAUGAAAUUAAAAUUUGAAUGGAAAUAAAUCUCA